UGGUCACAUGGGGAGAGCAGCCUGUUUAAAACAGCCUCGGCUCCCUCAGUCAGAGCAUUGCAAGUCGCAGAGACAGACACACACGUUCUUUCUUCUGCUCCACGCGCACACUCACUCAUGCUCACGCACGCAGAAGGCAACUUUCCUCUAUCGGACUGACACACGCGCCGGGAAAAAGAAACACUCCCAUUCUACCUUGGAGAAGAGGAUACGGAGUGGCAGAGCAGGAUAAAGAAAAAAACAAAAAACAAAAAAACAAAAACAAAAAAACUCCCCUUGAAAACCGAGAAUUGAUGCAGUUCAGGUCAACAGCCUCCAAAUUUGGUUUUCAACUGGACACAACACCAAACAGGAAGAGAAAGGGUGAAGAGGAGGACGGCGUUUACAUUUCAUCCCCCACUUUAUGAUGGCAAACCUUGUGACAUCGUUGUGCUGUGUGGUUCUGGCUGCGGUGGUUGUAGCAUACGCUCAGAGACGCAUUCAGCUUGUUGCAAGGAACCAAUAUGAGCGGAUGGGCAGUGAUGUCACCAUGCAGUGCGGCUCCCUGAACAGCGACGCGUCAGUCUCAUGGAAGGUGAACGGGACGGACGUAAUAUCUCCGCACCAUCUAGAAGGUCCCAAACUGAUUCUGACCGAGGUGGACCUUGGACAUAACGGACUCUACAGCUGCUUUCAGAACCCAGACGGAGAGAGGCGUGAUACCAUCUACCUUCACGUUGGUCUUCUUCCCCGGGAGCCUGUGAUCACAUGUCGGUCCAACACGUACCCUAAAGGUUUCUACUGCAACUGGCACCUACAGCAUCCAACAUACAUCCCCACAGCCUUCGAAGUGGACAUACAGCAUAACCAGCGUUCACUGACAGUGCAGAAAGAUCCGGUCCAUAAGAAUCGCUGUCAUGUACGAUUUCCCGAGGUCUUCUCCUCCUACCCCUACAUAGUUAAUGUGACGGCGAUAAAUUCCUUGGGGAAAACAUCGAACACGUACAGCUUUGAAGAGUCCAAUAUAGUAAAACCAGACCCUCCAGAGCGUGUGACAGCCACUCCGAUCCAUUCCAACCCUCGAAGGCUGGAGGUGUCUUGGCAAAGCCCGGCCACCUGGCCUGAUAUUGACAGCUUCCCUUUGAAGUACUUCCUUCGUUAUCGGCCUCUAAUCCGAGAGCAGUGGCAGCAUGUGGAACUUUCUGACAGCACCUUUCAUACCAUCACUGAUGCCUACGCUGGCAAAGAAUACAUCAUACAGGUGGCAGCUAAGGACACGGAAAUUGGAACAUGGAGUGACUGGAGUGUGGCUGUCCAUGCCACACCUUGGAUUGAAGAUCCUGUGCCAAACACUCCUGCAACUGAAGUAGACUUUCCUAUUGAGACAAAGACUUCUCCCAUCCCUUCAUCCAGAGCGCCACAGAAGAGUCGGGUUCCAGUGGACAGAGCGGCCAGGGUGGUUUCCCUUUUUUCCCCUUUGCUGUUAGGACUCAUGCUGCUGCUCAUGUGAUGUAAAGGUCAUAUUGCCGAAGAUGAACAUCAAGCAAGAAGAAGAACAAGAUGAAGAGGAAUAGGCUGGUGUUUUUUUCUAUUUUGCACAUGUUUCAAGGAUACAGUGCAUUGAUCAGUUCUGUCCAUCACACAGUUACUCACCCAAAUUACUUAAAGAGGGAGGGGAGGGGGGGGUCGGAUGACGAUAAUGCGAUCGAGUACUUUUUGAUUGAUGGCUACAAAGAAUUUCCUCAGAGGAACUUCAAAAAAAUGGCACAGAGAGCAGCGACAGAAGCAGCGGGAACAACCACAGCAGCAGCAGCAGCAGCRGCRGCRGCGGCGGCGGCGGCRGCGGCGGCRGCAGCAGCGACAUCAGAACGAACAGUUCAGUGUUUCAUCUGGUAGCUUCAAAGAGCCACAGCAGACUCACCUGUUCAGUCUGGUUCAGAAAGCUCCUCGUCAGAGCAAGAAGUCUUCAGCUGAAUUAAAAAGAAAAA